GUACCCUGCAUCACAUCAAGCUAGCGACAAGUCUUCAACGCUCCUUCCACGGUGGAUACUGCUGGCUCAUCCGUCAUUAGCUCUUUAUACACCUCCACUCAGUGUAUAGCUUUCUCGUUUUAAAAAAUAUAAACAUAUUCAGUGACCUUUUAUUUUAUUUUCUGUUGACAAUGGCUGAUCCAAAAUACGCAAACCUACCAGGAAUUGCAUUUAACGAGCCGGACAUUUAUGAGACAGGUGACCUUCCAGAAGAUGACCAGGCUCAAUUUGAGUCGUGUGUACAAGAGCUGGAGGAGCUCUGCAGUGACAGCGUUGAGAGGAUCGUGGUUAACCCCAAUGCAGCCUACGACAAGUUCAAGGACAAGCAUGUCAACACCAAAGGACUCGACUUUUCAGACAGAAUCAGCAAAAGCAGAAGAGUGGGCUACGAGUCUGGAAACUUUGAAAUCCUCGGCGAGGGCUGUGGGGUGAAGGAGACGCCACAACAGAAGUAUCAGCGUUUGGUGAAUGAGAUCCAAGAACUCACCCAGGAGGUGGAUACCAUCCAGGCCGCCGCCAAGGAAAGCAACGCAGAGGAGCGCCUCACGCCGGUAGUUCUUGCACAGCAGGCGGCUCAGCUUAAACAACAGCUGGUGUCUGCCCAUCUUGACACAUUGCUGGGACCACAGGCACACAUCAACCUAGCCGAUCCAGAUGGAGCCCUCGCUCGACGUCUGCUCACUCAGCUGGAAGUGGCGAAGGGCCCGCAUGGCAGCGCCGCGGGAGACGGCAAGCCUGCUGCUUCUACAAAAGCUCCAGACGGAGUGGUUCUCUACGAGUUACACAGCAGACCGGAGCAGGAGAAAUUCAAUCAGUCUGCCAAGAUGGCAGAGCUGGAGAAGCGCCUGGCUGAGCUGGAGAUCGCUGUUGGCUCCGGAUCAAACAAGCAGGGACCUCUGAAUGCUGGUCUGCAAGGAGUCAACUUGAUGGACACUAUCGAGAUCCUGCAGGCCAAAGUCAGUGCUCUUGACUCUGCCACUCUGGACCAAGUGGAGGCAAGACUCCAGAGUGUUCUUGGGAAAAUGAACGAGAUAGCGAAACACAAAGCAGCGAUUGAAGAUGCUGAAACACAAAACAAGGUGUCACAGUUGUAUGAUGUCGUUCAGAAGUGGGACGCCGUCUCCACCUCCAUACCACAGGUGGUGCAGAGGCUGGUGGCUGUGAAGGAGCUGCAUGAACAAGCCAUGCAGUUCGGCCAGCUGCUGACUCACCUGGACACCACUCAGCAGAUGAUCAACAACUCUCUGAAAGACAACAACACUCUGUUAACACAGGUCCAGCAGACGAUGAAGGAAAACCUGGGGGCUAUUGAAGAGAACUUUGCAGCGCUAGAUCAGAGAAUGAAGAAGCUUUCCAAAUAAUGCGACGCUCAUCCCGACACCACAGAAUCCACGGACAAUAAAGCGUUGAUUUGAGAGCACUGGGAGGACGAGGUUUGGUGUUUUCUGUCCUCCAUCCCUCUGUUUUUGUUGACCUCCACUUCAGCGGUGGAACAUUAAAGACGGAAAAACGUUAAGACGACCAAAUGUUCCUCAUUUCUAUUCACCUGCUUCAACCUCAUCUUAACCAAACUGAACACACCACUGAUUGAAGUUUAGUGAGUUUUAGGCUGCAUUGUUUUUAAUAUUCUGACUUUAAAAUUUCAACUGCUGGAUUUCUACUGUAAAGCGUUAAAAUGAAAGAAGAUUUUUUUUUUUCUGUGGAAACGACUGUCCAUCAUGUUGAGUUAGCAUCACAGCACGUUGGAGUGAGUGCAGGUCAUGUCAUGGAAGGAAAGCUUGUAAAUACUGUAUGCUUGUGUAUCAUUUCUGCACACGUUUGCUUAGAAUUAUAUUCUGACUGAGACCGGAUGUCCUACAAACUCUAAAUCAGCUUUGGCUCUGUCUGCAACUGUAUGGUUAAGUUAUGGUUACUGAGGCUGACGAUUAAAUUCUAAUGUGGUACAA